AUGGUAGUCGCCACCAGAUCUAAACGCGCCAGAAAAGCAUCUUCCAUUAUUAAAGAGGCGGCUUCUUCAGACUCGGAAUUCGAUGGAGCUGAAGAUUCGUACUCAGAUCUGGAAGAGGAGGAGAGGCCCCACAAAAUAGCAAAUGUGCUGAGAAAGAGUCGUUUAUCUGCACCAGUCAAUGAUGAAGAAAAUGACCUAUUCAAGGCUCUAUCGAGCCCUGUGGUUGCGGUGUCAGAGUUGGCCCUUGAAUGGGUUGAGUCAUAUAUACUAGACGCAGAGCUUUCAAGAGUGGAUGCAUUCACCAACUUAUUCAAUCUACUCCUCAGAGCAGUCGGUUGCAAGAUUCUUGCUCAGCCCCAUGAUAUGAUCAGCCUGGAUUCUGCAGCAGCCACUGUGAAUGAACUAAGUAUUCAUUUCGAGAAGCAAAAGUCUCAUGAAUAUCCUAUCGCUUCAACAAACAAGGAAAUAAAGCAUUUCCACAAAAACUUUCGAGACUUUUUUGGGGAGGUCAUUUUCUAUGCACAUGAAACUGGAUGCUUAUACAAAGAAUCCAUGGAUGAUGAUCAAUCAGUGUUAGCUUCCGAAUUUAUGACUUCCAUACUUGCAUGGUUCAUCUCCCUUAGCACGAGCAAGUUGCGCCCAUUCAGAUAUGUGGGCACUGUGGCUCUUUUGGCGAUACAAACACAACUUUGUCAGCAAGCUGCCUCCCUUGAGGUUUCACUUGAUAGACAGCAGCGCCAACUUAGCAAUGCUAUAAGUAUCAAGAAGUCAAAGAAGAGGGCAAUUGCUCACGACCAAAAGGUGCAAACUCUUAGGAGGAAUGUGGAGGUAACAGAAUUCAGGCAAUCCACCAUCGAAGAGUAUUUGGACGAUAUCACAAAAGGUGUCUUCGUUCAUCGCUUUAGGGAUAUUGACAGUGCUAUCAGAGUAGAAUGCUUGAGAGCGCUCGGUGAAUGGGUGAUGGCGUAUCCAUCCUACUUUCUUAAAUCCACCUAUCUUCGAUACUUUGGCUGGCUCUUGUCAGAUCCCACCGAUAACGUGAGGGAAGAAGUGGUGAAAUUUCUUUGUAGACUUUACAAGUCGCUGCAAGGCUCUCUAGAGAAUAUGACAUCCAACUUCAGGAAAUUCACAAAACGUUUCCAACCACAGCUCAUAAAUAUGAUUUGGAAAGAAAGUGUGGUUAGCAUAAAGAUAAAUCUAUUCGCAAUCUACUCAGAGCUUUUUAAAGUUGGAUUCCUUCAAGAAAAAGACACGGCCCAGAUUUGCUCCUACGUAUUCUACCUCACAGAGCUGCACCUCAAUCAAAAGCCCGUUAGCAACAAAUUGAAGUCCGAGAUAAGCAAAUUUAUCACUUUGGUUUGCAUUCAUGGUGCCGACUCGACCUAUACAAUGUUUUUCGAUUCGAAGUGCUCGAAAGAUGGUCGAUCCAAAGCCGAUGAAGAGAGGGUGAGGGGAUUUUUGAAGCUCAAGGUUCUUAUAAAUUUUCUAAUGAAGUCACUUGAAGAUCACUUAGCAAAAAGGGAUACCAACUCUGCAACUGACGCCACGAUCGGGUCAUGGCAGCUUGUUGAGGCGAUUUUCAGAGACAUCUUUACGUUGCAGAAUUACGUGAGUAAGUGGGAGGUGAUUGUGCAAUAUUUGAUUCUUGACACGUCUGGUGUCAAUUUUGAGGAACUUGGGGUAUUGAAAGAGGAGCAGAACUCAUUUUCCCGUUUUCUCGAAUUAUCUGUCGAUGGGCAAUGCUUUCUCGUAUCUUUUUUGUUAGGCUGCGUUCGUUGCUUUUUGAAUUCAAAACAGAAAGGCUUUGAGGCCUCGAAAGUUUCUCCUACUUUUUUCUUGUCUAAACUCACCUGUCAUUUACGAAGCAUAGAGAGCAUCCUGAGUAAGUCUCACAAAAUUUACCCACCAUUCUUGCAGUUGUGGAAUGAGCUUCUUUUGUACCGCUCGGUGCCAAUACAAAUGACGUUUGAGAGCUCUUCUAGCCUCGACGCAUAUAAUCAGUUGCACACAAAUGUCCUCCAAUACUUCCUCGAAUGUCAGGAAGUAACUGAUGAAAUUCAAAAGCUCUACAGUCAGUAUUUCCUGCUUCUUCUAGGGUCACCCGCUGAUGAACAUCGCGAAGGCUCUAGUCAAAAUAUCAACCCUAACAUAUAUCUCAAAGUAGAAGACUCGUGCCUCGCUCUUCUGACUGAGAUUGAAGAGAUUUUGAGUAUAAAGACAUCUACCUAUGAUGCUUUUAAUAGUGAUAGCGAGCACGAUGAUCCUUUUACAAGUGAUCAAAAGGAUCUUUGCAACUCGCUUAUAGAAUUGUCUAAUCCAAUCGCCAAACUCAAUUUAAUUGGUGACGUUGUUAAUAUUAUCAAAUUCGUGGGGGAACCAGUCUUGGAUGGUCCUGCAAGCGUUUUGGAACAGCUCUCUGUCAAGCUAUUAUCGAAGAUUAACUUUGACGCCCUUGUCAGCAUGUGGCCCAGGAAUUUAUCUAAGGUGAUAAACAGUGUCAGACAGGCAUGGAAAUCUCUUAUGGAUUUCGCCCUUAUUAAUCUCUGUUGGAAACUUGAAGACCUCAUGUAUGCGUUGAACGACGGCACAUCUGAUACCAUAAAUGUUGAGGUAUACUUGGAUGAUAUUUGCAGUAUCAUUCGGCAUCUAGUUGCAACAUUUGUUUCUUUGAAUGGUGUGAUUUUUGGAGACAAGAGUUUGGAAAAGGCGACCAAAUCUUUAAAGAUGGAAUUAUCAGAUUUUUUCUUCACCUUUGGAUCAAUAUUGAUUGAUUUGAUCACAUCUUUGAGGGUAUUUCAUGACCGUACAAAAUUGUCAAACCGAUUUAGAGGCUACGACGCAAUGUUUUCUGAUGAUAACAAACUAGGGAAUUUUUCAUCGGACCAUGUUCCUGACGUUUUGGAAGAAGCUUUGAUGAAUGUUUUUUUGACGAAGGAAACUAAACUCGCUAACCUUUUGGGCGUAACAUUGGAAAGAGCGGAAAAUGAAAACGUCAACUUCGAGGAAUUUGCAUUUGAAUUGGGGGACGAAGAAAUCGUUUAUCCCACCCAAAUUGAAACUCAUUUCGAUUCUAGUGAUGAUGAUGAAUCCAUUGAUGAUCUUAAAGCUGCUAAGGAAGCCGCGGAAGUGGAGGCUCUCGCAGAGGCAAGGGCAGCUCUGAAGAAACGCAAGCUCGAGCAAGAGAUUUGGAAUCAAGAAAAAGAUCUUUCGCUGUACACAAUGAAGCUUAUUGGGCUUUUAAAGUCAAAUGCAUUUACUCUGAGGUGUUCAGACCGCUUGAAACUCAAUAGCGACAGGCUUGGACAAGUAUUUGAAAGCAUAAUCACAUUGCUCACGGCCCCAUCCUCCGCUACAGAAGGACGGCGAACUAUCACCCAAGAUAUGGCUCAAAAGCAGACAACUACACAAGAAAGUAUUGCACUUGUCUCAUGA